AACUAAUCUCAUACGUAAACACUCAAACAGCAUAGUUUCCUUACAAACAUGAAGUUAGUUUGAUCCCUGUAUGCAUCUUCAUUUCAGUUAAACUCAAUUAUGAAAUGAGAAAAGAGGAUUCUCCACCUAGGCAACCACCACAGAAAAUGAAGAUGGGUGACAUGUUUGAUUUACCAGAACCUGAAAAACAAUCGGUGAAAAGAGAGAAUGAAGUUUAUCCACCAGAGGACCUGCACCUACGAGAAACUAUUGAAAGAUUUGCAGUCCAAGUUGCAGAGAAUGGUUCCGAGUUUGAAGGAAGAACCAUGUGCGAAAAUGUCAGCAACCCUUCAUAUUGGUUUCUGUUCAACCAAAGCAGUGAUGCCUACAAGUUCUUCCGUCAGCAGGUCAAACAGUUGACGAGAUGCAUGGGACGACUGGAUGAUGGAAACGAGGGAGACAUUGAGGAUGUUGAAGGAAUGGAGAAGAGGGGAGAAAAACUGAGGAAGAAGCGGAGGAGUAGAUGGGCUGAUUCAGAAAGCGGAGGUGAUGCCGGUUCAAGCCAGUCUGCUUCUUCUCAAGACCCUUCAGAGGCAGGGCCAGGUAAGCGCAAUUACAUACAAAUAUGGAAGUGGAUGUAGUAAGGGGGUGUACCUUCCUGUCUUAGUAAAGUCUCAGUGAAAUUCUCUUGUAGCAGGCAUCUAUUUUCUCACUGUUAAGUUACCUGUAGGUGGAAUAAACCCAGUCAAUUUUACCAUUAAAGGACUUUUUUUCAAAAACGGUUGCACAAUCCAAAGAGGAGUGCUCUUCAUCCUCAACCUGGCAACCAUUUUGAUAUAGUGACUGCAAAACACAACACUUUGUUACUUUCAUUAUUAUGACUGUAUUUAAAAAAUCCAAUGUCUGCCUUUAUUUCAAACAAUGUUUUCAUGCGAGGAGCAAUGGGAGAAAUCUCAUCUCUAUGGUCUGACAUCACAAUAAGAAUGCAGUUUAGAUAUAAGCAAUUCAACAGGCUACUGAACUACAUGUAUUUACAUAUAAGACCUUUACUGUAUUGACUCUACUAAAUAAACAAACUAAACAGAAUGUUACUUUAGGGGAACAUAAGAGAAACAUUGUUGUAUUAUAAUGAUAUUCUGCAAUGUAAAGUACAGUAAGACAUA